AUAAGGGGAUGCUACCUAUUUACAAUUAGUCUGCUCCGAGCCUACUUGCCUCCCUUGUUGAGACGGAUCUUUCCGUAGUCAUUACAGUAUCGAAAAUGUACAAGUCUGUUGCAGCCGUUCUUCUCUUGGUCGCCAUGGUUACCGCCAAUGGUGGAUACGGAGGUGGUUACGGUGGUGGCUGGGGAGGAUUCGGUGGAGGAUGGGGAGGACUCGGUGGUGGAUAUGGAGGUAAAGGUGGAUGGGGCUACGGUGGAGGACUUGGAGUCGGCCUUGUUGGCAUUGGCGGAUUCGGCGGACUCGGCGGAUGGGGACGUGGCGGCGGAUACGGAUACGGAGGUGGAUACGGAGGCGGAUAUGGUGGUGGAUACGGAGGCGGAUAUGGUGGUGGAUACGGUGGAUACGGCAAAGGUGUUGUCAGCGUCUUGCCGGUUGUUGGUGUCAGUGGUGGCUAUGGCGGCUAUGGCUAUGGCGGUGGCAAAGGCUACUAUUAAAAAACUCAAGCUUUAAUUUUUCGACAUUUUCAAGCUCUCAAUAUAUGUUCAGUGACGUUGCAAUACAAUAAAAUGUUAAGUGAAAAAAAACAACAA